AUGGCUUCUGAAGUACUGACUGAACGUCCGCUGGCCAGCACUGGCGCCAGUGAAGUAAAUGGAGAUUCUACUGCUCAAUCCAGGCCAACCUCCACUUUGGAGAUCGAAGAACCUCGCGAUGAUGAGGAGAACAUUGUCUAUCCGACUGGACCGAAGCUAUGGUCGACCAUGGCUUCAAUGGCAAUCGCAUGCUUUCUCAGUGGACUUGACCUCACCAUCGUUGCAGUCGCUGUCCCAAGCAUCACGGAUGAAUUCCAGACCAUUGCAGAUAUUGGCUGGUACUCAGCGGCAUAUGGCAUGACCCUCAGCGCCUUCGUCUUCUUCUUCGGCCAAAUCUACACCCUCUUCUCUAUCAAAGCCGUCUUCCUAAUCGGCAUCGCCACAUUCGAAAUCGGUUCUUUAAUCUGCACUCUCGCGCCCUCUUCAGCAAUCUUCAUCCUCGGCCGUGCAGUCAGCGGUUUAGGCCGCGGUGCCAUCAACGGCGGGCUGUUCAAACUCCUCCGCCAAUGCUUUCCGCUGUCCAAACAAGCUAUCACUAAUAGUUUCUUUGGCUCGAUCCAGAGCGUUGGCCUCAUCACUGCGCCUACGAUUGGCGGCGCUUUGAUAGAUGCGUUUUCGUGGAGAGCUUGUUUUGGUGUAAACUUGCCGCUGGGCGUUAUGUGUCUUGUCUUGACGGCUUAUGGAGUCCAUGAACAACCUCCGCGUCAUGAGGCGCCCGUUCUGACUCUCAAAGAGAAGGUUAAGAAGGUUGACUACUUUGGUACGCUGUUGGCUGUCCCAGCCAUUACCUUUCUUCUCAUGGCACUGCAAUGGGGAGGUACAAAGUUUGGCUGGGGAACCUGGCAGAUCAUUGUUCCUCUCGUUGUUUGCGCUCUUCUGUUCGUGGCAUUUGGAUACUUGCAGUAUCGUCAAGGUGACAAUGCUCUCUUACCACCCAGGAUUUUGAAGCAGAGGAGUAUCAUCGCAGGAAUGUGGUACGGUGCAUGUUGCGAGGGAGUCUUGGCAGUUACGGAGUACUACAUGUCUAUAUACUUCCAAGGCGUACGUGGGUAUUCACCUACAAAGGCAGGUCUGCUGGCACUUCCAAUGGUUGGUGGUUUGGCAAUUGCAUUCAUCAUCUCUGGUGUUGGAACUACAUGGAUCGGAUACUAUUACCCAUUUAUGUUGGCCACGAGCGUCCUCACGCCUAUUGCCUCUGGUCUUCUCACAACUCUCGAUCUCGAGGAACAAAUCGCCAAAGCCGUAGGCCUCCUCACGUUUCUCGGCCUAGCAGUCGGCCUCGGUCUCCAGGGUCCACAAGUAGCCUUGCAAGCUGUUCUUCCUAUCGAAGACGUAUCCCUUGGAGGUGCAGUCAUCACUUUCGGGUCGGGAAUGGGCUCUGCAUUGUGGAUCUGUGCCUCUGCAACAUUAUUCCAAGAUCGCUUGUCAAAGGAAGUCCAAGACGCCGCGCCGGGUACAAACACUACACAUAUUGAAGAAGCGGGCUUGUCUAAGCUGAGAGAGUCAAUUGGACCUGAUAGGCUGAAGAGCGUGUUGUCUGGCUACGAGAAUGCAAUUGUCCAGACACUCUAUAUUCCAUUGGCAUUGGCGCUUCUAAGUAUUAUUGGCGCGGUAGCCAUGGAAAGAAAGUCAAUCAAGAAAAAGCGGUCUUGA